AUGAUAUUUAAUAUUUUAUUUUCUAUCUUCUUUAACAUUUUUAUUAUUUUACAAUAUCUGCAGGUGGUCAGUGGGUUGAAAUCACAAAAUAAAACAAACAAUCUAUACCAAAUAUUAAUAGAUAACAAUGAUAAUUCAUAUUAUGAUUCAACAAAUCAAAUAUUAGGCACAAAACAAUUCACUAAACAGCAUGCUUAUUCAAGACAACCUUAUGUAGCUAAUGGUUAUAUUGGUUCUAGAAUUCCAAAUGUAGGAUUUGGUUAUGCUUUAGAUACAAUUAAUCUAUGGGCUGCAAAUUCAAGUGUAGAAGGUGCUUUAAAUAAUGGUUGGCCAUUAAGAAAUCAUAGAUAUGCUGGUUCAUUUGUUUCAGAUUUUUUUUCACAACAAGAAAAAUUAACCUCAACAAAUUUUCCUGAAUUAGAUGAAGUUGGUUACUCUACGGUAAUUGCUUCAAUCCCAGAAUGGACAAACAUUAAAAUAAUAUUAUCUGUAAAUGGUACUGACCAUUUAAUUUCACCAGAAGCAUUAAUUGAUGAAAAUAACAUGUCAAAUUAUUUCCAAAAUAUGUCAAUGUCUAACGGUGUGGUAACUACAUCAUUUAAUUAUUUAAAUGAUCUAGUUAAUAUCAAAACUGAGGUAUUUGCCCAUAGAGAGAUUUCGUAUUUAGGUAUCCUAUCAUUAAAUGUUACAUUGUUGAAUCCAAAUGAGUAUAUGAUGGAUCAAAUUGAUAUUCAAGUUGUCGAUAUCUUGGAUUUUAACUCCUCUCAUAGAACAGUUCUCAAUGAAUAUGGAUAUGAUCUGAAAAACGGUGCAAUUUUUAUGAGUGUUUCACCAGAAAAUACCGAUGAUUCAGUUGCAUCUCUAUAUUCAACACUUCAGAUUGAAAAUGACAUAGAAUAUAAUACUGCAUAUUCUAAGAUUAAUGAAAAGAUCGAGCACUCAUUAUCAUGCAAAAUAGAUUUAAAUAAUCCAACCAUUAUAUUCAAUAAAUUUGUUGGGAUUAUUUCAACCGAGUAUGGUAAUGAUGCUGAUUUUAAUUCAACAUUUAAAAUGGCUAAAUCAUCAAUACUUGACCUGAGCUUGAAUUAUACUCAAUUAUAUGAUUCAAAUUAUGUUGCAUGGAAGAAAUUGCUUGAGAAUACUGACCUAAGUAUUCCAGGUGACUCUUUACUUGAUAUGACUGCUAAGUCAUCAAUAUUUCAUCUAUUGUCUAAUACAAGAUCCAAAAAUGUAGCUGAUAAUAGAGGAUUGCCGGUAUCUGUUAGUGGUUUAUCAUCGGAUUCCUAUGGCGGCAUGGUAUUUUGGGAUUCUGAUUUAUGGAUCCAACCUUCUUUAUUGCCAUUUUUCCCAAAAAUAUCAAACAAAAUGAUCAAUUAUAGGAAUGCGACACAUGAGCAAGCUAAAAUCAAUGCUAAUAGUUAUGGCUAUGACGGUGCUUUAUAUCCGUGGACUUCAGGUAAAUUUGCAAACUGUACUUCGACUGGUCCAUGUUUUGAUUAUGAAUACCAUAUUAAUAUUGAUAUUGCUUUAGCAGCUAUUUCCUUGUAUAUGUCUGGGGGUGGUGAUGAAGACUAUCUACGUUACACUGCCUGGCCAAUUGUUAAUGAUGCUGCAAAAUUUUUCAGUGAGUAUGUUCAAUAUAACGAAACUUCUGGAAUGUACGUAACUCAAAAUAUGACUGAUCCAGACGAAUUUGCUGACUUUAUUGAUAAUGGUGCCUUUACAAAUGCUGGUAUUAGAAGUCUUUUAAAAUGGGCUACUGAUAUUGGACAUCAUUUGAAUGAAACAAUAGAUGAAAAUUGGAUGGAAAUUUCUAAAAACCUCUAUAUUCCAAAAGCAGACACAAAUAUAACUUUAGAAUAUACUGGAAUGAACAGUACGACAAAGGUAAAGCAAGCUGAUGUUGCUCUGAUGGUGUAUCCUCUGGGAUUCAUCACUGAUGAAUCAAAUUUAAAUGAUGCUGUCAAGGAUUUAUUUUAUUAUUCUGAACACCAAUCAGCAGCUGGACCUGCAAUGACAUUUCCUGUAUUUGUUGCCGCUGCUUCAAGCCUGUUGAAUCAUGGAACCUCUUCUGAAAGCUACCUUUAUAAAUCGGUAAUACCAUUUCUAAGAGGUCCAUUUGCUCAGUUUAGUGAGCAAGCAGAUGAUGAUUUUAUGAAGAAUGGUGAAACACAACCUGCAUUUCCAUUUCUUACUGCACAUGGUGGAUUCUUACAAAGUAUUCUAUUUGGGUUAACAGGUAUUAGGUAUUCAUAUGAGAUGAAUACCCAAACCAAUAAAAUAGAACGAUUUUUGAGAUUCGAUCCAAUCAAAUUAGAGUUGCUAAAUGGUGGGUUACAUAUUCAAGGGUUUCAUUUUCUGGGUCAAACGCUAGAUAUCAGUACUGAUGACGAUUUCGGGUAUAUUAAACAUAAAAAUGGUACUCAAAAUAUUAGAAUUAAAGUACCAACUAGAAAUUAUUUCAGUGAUGAAGUAGACAUUUUCACUAGAAAUAAUAAGACUAGUAAUUUUGAAAAGAGAACAAUUGGGAAUGAAUUCUUCGGCAGAGAAGAGGAAAAAUCCAAAUCCUAUUCAAAUGGGACUUUUAUCACAUUGGAACCUGGAGAAGAAGUAAAAAUACCAUUGUUUAAACCUUUAAAAAAUAUACCUAGUAAUCUAGCUGAAGGAAAACAGGUAGCAAAUCUGACGGAAGGUGUUCCAGGGGAUGUACCAUUUUCACUCGUUGAUGGAAAUAAUUACACACAUUGGCAACCAGCUAAUAAAAGCAGCAUUAGCAGAGUUAUUAUUGAUCUGGGAGCAUACAAUAGCAGUAACAUAUCUGGUGGUCAAAUUUUAUGGGGUAGUCGUCCUGCAAAAUAUUUCUCAAUUUCAGUCAUACCAAGUGUCUUCAAUUUUACCACUAAGGUACAAAUGAAUAAAAUAAUUGAAGAGGAAUCCAUUUCAGUUAUUGACAACCAAGUGGUACUACCUUCGAAACCUUUUUAUGCAGAAAUUGUGGAAGAUUCAAUCAUUGACCUAUUGCCAAGUAACGUGACUAAUUUCGAGUUUAAUUUUAAAAAUAUUAAUGAGAAAUAUCCCAAUCACUCUAAUAUUUCUAACUUGAUCAGGUAUGUUUUGUUUAGCUUCGAAGGAACGUAUGACAAUGAUACGGAGGUUACAGGAGCAACUGUAAAGGAAAUAUCUAUCAUUAGUUCUGAUUGA